AUGGCGGCCACGACGGUCAUCAUCGCCUCCUACUCUGGCUUCCUGAAGGAGGAGGCCACAUCGGUCUGCGCGGCCGCCAUCAAGGCGCUCACCGAAGGGAUCCGCCGCUCGACGGCGACGACGCUCAUGGGGCUGCGCAACGACCUCAUGCAGGCGGGCGAGGCACUCAAGCAGUGCGACGACGCGCCCAUCUCGAUUGAGUCGCUCUGCGAGCUCUUCGUCCGCUUCGUCACCCGCACCGCGCUCGACGUGCCCGACUUUGGCUCGUGCAAGGCGCUCCUCAUCGAGCGCGGCGAGAUGUUUGCGCAGAAGGCGCAGGCGGCGCGCGACCGGAUCGCGCAGCUGGGCGCGCCGUUCGUCACCGACGGCGCGAUGGUGCUCACCCACGGCUACUCGCGCAUGGUGCUCGGGGUGCUGCUCGCUGCGGCGGCACGCGGCUGCCACUUUUCGGUGCUCGUCGCCGAGUCGCACAGCGGCGGCGGCGGGCACGCGACGGCGCAUGAGCUAGCGCGCGCGGGCGUGCCGGUGACGAUGAUCGAGGACGCGGCGGUCGCGCAUGCCAUGGCGAGGACCUCGCUCUGCCUGAGCGGCGCCGAGGCGGGCGGCGCCGCUGUCGCGGCUGGCUGUGCGGACAGGGCGGUGGUCGAGUCGGGAGGCGUCCUCUCCAAGACGGGCACCUUCCAGAUCGCCAUCGUCGCCGCCGCCUGCAAGAAGCCGUUUUACAUCGCCGCAGAGAGCACAAAGUUCGCGCGCAAGUUCCCGCUCUCGCAGCUCGACCUGCCCGCCGCAGAGGCGCGCGCCUCGGGCACGGCGAGAGGGAGGCGAGGGCCGCCGCCGCCCACGCUGCGCGCAGAGACGCCGUCGCGCGACUACACCCCGCCGUCGUACAUCACGAUGCUCUUCACCGACCUCGGCGUGCUCACCCCCUCCGCCGUCUCGGACGAGCUGAUCAAGCUCUUUACGUAA